AUGGCUCUCGUGCAGACCGACCCCGACGCGUAUGUGAUUAAGCCAGCGGCGGCUGCGCCUGCCAUCGACACCAGCGACUGGCCGCUGUUGCUCAAGAACUAUAGCGACUUGCUCGUUCGCACAUCCCACUACACUCCUAUUCCUAAUGGAUGCGCGCCAUUAUCGCGAGACCUCAAGUCGUACAUUAGCUCUGGUGUGAUCAACCUCGAUAAGCCCUCCAACCCGUCUUCGCACGAAGUCGUGUCAUGGAUCAAGCGCAUGCUGAGGGUUGAGAAGACUGGCCACAGUGGUACUCUUGAUCCCAAGGUUACCGGUUGCUUGAUCGUUUGCAUCGAUCGCGCCACCCGUCUCGUCAAGUCCCAGCAAGGUGCCGGAAAGGAGUACGUGUGCGUGAUUCGCCUGCACGAUAAGCUGCCUGGAGGCGAGGCACAGUUUGCGCGCGCCCUUGAGACGCUUACCGGAGCUCUUUUCCAGCGCCCGCCGCUGAUUUCUGCCGUCAAGCGCCAACUCCGCAUCCGAACCAUCCACGAAAGCAAGCUCUACGAGUUCGACAAUGAGAGGCAGUUGGGUGUAUUCUGGGUCAGCUGCGAGGCUGGGACCUACAUUCGUACUCUUUGCGUACAUCUUGGUCUUUUGCUUGGUGUUGGUGCGCAUAUGCAGGAGCUUCGCCGUGUGAGGAGUGGGGCUAUGGACGAGACCAAAGACCUUGUCACUCUGCAUGACGUUCUUGACGCCCAGUGGCUGCACGACAACAACCGUGACGAGGCCUAUUUGCGCAAGGUCAUCGCACCUCUCGAGAGUCUUUUGAUGAGCUACAAGCGCAUUGUCGUAAAGGACAGCUCGGUAAACGCAAUCUGCUACGGAGCCAAGCUCAUGCUCCCGGGUCUGCUGCGAUUCGAGAAGGGCAUUGAGAUCCACGAGGAGGUUGUUCUCAUGACCACCAAGGGUGAGGCUAUCGCGCUUGCCUACGCGCAAAUGUCAGCCGUCGAGAUGUCUUCAUGCGACCAUGGUGUAGUUGCGAAGAUCAAGCGUGUCAUCAUGGAGCGCGAUCUCUACCCCAGGAGGUGGGGUAUGGGCCCAGUUGCUACUGAGAAGAAGAAGAUGAAGGAGGCCGGCACGCUCGACAAAUUUGGCCGACCCAACGACAAGACGCCUGCCAAGUGGAACACUGAGUACAAGGACUUUAACAGGAACGACGUUGACGGCGCCUCGGCACCCGUUGCUCAGACUACAUCGACUGCCGAAGUCCUCGCUGCUCCUGCCAUCCCUGCGACCGGUCUUACCUCAACAGAAGAGGCUGAGGCGGAAGCCGAAGCCGGUGCUGCCGAUGCGGACUCGAAGAAGAGCAAGAAGCGCAAGAGCCGAGGUGACGGCGAGGAAGAGGCCGACGAAGACAAGGCUGAGCGCAAAAAGAAGAAGAAGGAAGAGAAGGCUGCAAAGAAGGCGGCAAAGAAGGACAAGAGAAAGAGCAAGGGCGGUGAUGACAGCGACUCCGACUAA